UUGCACCAAGAGCCCUAAGAUUUCUAUCGGCGGGAGCGCUUUCUCCUUCUAGGGCCUUGGCGAUGGUCUCUCCGGCGGUUGUGCCGGCAUCCAAGGAAGCGUCCUCCAGCGAUCUGCGCAGCAAGCCAUCGCCCGGAGGAGCGGCGAGCGAGGUCUCGAUACGGCUAUGGCCGCCGGGCGCGCGCACAAGAUCGCAUGUCGUGAAUCGCAUGGCCGAGAAUCUCAAGUCUCUGUCGACAUUCUAUCAGCCGGUGGAGCCGCAAGAGGCCGCCCGGGUAGCGGCAUUGGUGGAGGAGCGCGCCUUCGAGGAGGGAGAGAGGGAGGAUCAAGAAGUAUCCGGGGUUUCUGGGAGCGGCAGGAACAAUGGUAGCUCUGCCGUGAGGAUCUACGCCAAGCAAGCGAGCCGGAUGAUGCUCGAGGUUCUCAAGACGGGUAAGCUUCCAGAGAAAGAGAAGGAAAAGGCCGAGGAAGCUCAAACCGCCAUCGAUAGUACUGGGCAAGAAAAAGAUGCCUCUUCCGUGACGACUGCCGUGAAAGAGGUGAUGGAAGAUACUGGAGAUUCUGCUUCCACUCCCCCGCUAGCUACUAAAGUUGAUCCCCAGCUCUUCGAUAUCUCCGGUGGAAGCAGGGACGUGCUCGAUCGAGAAAAAGCCGAGGAGGUGUUCCAGCUGCUGGUUGAUCCUGAUCAUGGCUUCACGAAAGUUCGUUUGAGCAAUCGGGCAUUCACGAAGGAAGCUGCGGAGUUUGCUGGAAGACUGCUCUCGAGGUGUAAGGAGAGGCUGGUCGGGGCUGAUCUCUCGGAUAUCGUGGCUGGAAGACCAGAGCCCGAGGCUUUGGACGUGAUGUCUAUCUUCUCGGCGGCUCUGGAAGGCAGCGACUUGAGGUUUCUCUAUCUCUCCAACAACGCUCUCGGGGAGAAAGGUGUCCGGGCGUUUGGGUCAUUGCUGAAGUCCCAGAAGCAUCUCGAGGACCUUCGCUUUGAGAACAACGGGAUUUCAUCGGAUGCUGCAAAGGCAAUCGUGGAGCUUGUUUCAGGCAGCAAGCUCCGGACUCUUCACUUCCACAACAACAUGAGUGGUGAUCUCGGGGCCGAAAGGAUUGCCAGCCUCGUCCGUCAGGCUACUGCCUUGGAGGACUUCAAGCUCUCCUCCAGUAGAGUGGGUACCAAGGGAGCAGUAGCAUUGGCGGAGGCUCUCCAGGCUUGUUCGAGCUUGAAGAAACUCGACUUGAGAGACAACAUCUUUGGGGAGGAGGGAGGUUUUGCUCUCGGAAAAGCUUUUAGGACGCAGCCUUUACUCGAGGAGCUCUACUUAAGUGAUUUGGGAUUGCAAAAUGCCGGGGUGCAAGCAGUGCUGGAGGCUCUAGAGACCACGGCUCCAAAGCUAAGCGUUUUGGACCUGGGAAACAACGACAUAAGUACGAGCUGUGCACCGCAUCUCGUGCGCUUCUUGGAGAAGAAGGCCGCACUGAAGAAGCUGAGCCUAGCAGAGAACGAACUGAAAGACAAAGGUGUGAUUCUUGUUUCGAACGCUCUGAGACAAGGCCACGAUGACUUAGAGGAGCUGGACUUCACGCUAAAUGACGUUGGAAGUGAUGGUGCCAUUGCUGCUGCCAAGGCCGUGACAACCAAGCCGCGCUUUAAGCUACUCAUUCUGGAGUCCAACCAUAUCUCUGCGAAGGGAUUGGCCUCUGUCAGGUCAGUGCUUGCAAGCGGAGUCGGAACUUCAGUGCUAGCUCCCUUGGAAGAUAACGAGCUGGGUGAUGAAGAAGACGAAGCAGAAGAAAUUGAUGAGAACGACGGCCCGAACGAAGAGGUUGGAGAUACUGACGAACUGGAGAGUAGAGUCGGUGCUGUCACUAUAUAAGAGCUGGGUAGCUUGUCUUGGUUGGAGGAACGCGUGGUAUUUUUGUGGGAGUUAGCAACUGCGUCAAGCAUAGGUGAGACUGGCUCCAAUAUUCUCGGCAAGUAAGCUAUAGAGUCGCCACACGAGAAGUUGAGGCGUGGUGAAGCUCAAUGUUUGGCCUUCCAUCUGCCGCCAAAUACAAACUUAUAAAUUCCAGA